GUGAUAUACCAACCCUUCGUAAAUAGUCGCAUCGUCCUCAGUGAUCAUGGCGUCGAAGAAAGGCUCGGAUAAGUACUCGGUGCUCCUUCCGACCUACAACGAGCGGGAUAACCUGCCCCUCAUCGUGUGGCUGCUCGUCAGGGCGUUCCAGGAAAGUGGCCAUGACUUUGAGAUUAUAGUGAUAGACGACGGCAGCCCAGAUGGUACUCUGGAGGUGGCUCAGCAGCUGGAAAAGAUCUAUGGCAAGGACAAGAUUGUGCUAAGACCAAGAGCGAAGAAGCUAGGACUAGGGACUGCCUACAUCCAUGGCAUGAAGCAUGCUACAGGCAACUACAUCAUCAUCAUGGAUGCCGAUCUCUCUCACCAUCCAAAGUUCAUUCCAGAAUUCAUCAGCAAACAACAGGAGAAAAACUAUGACGUAGUGUCCGGGACCAGAUACAGGGGAAGUGGGGGUGUCUAUGGAUGGGACCUCAAGAGGAAACUUAUCAGCCGAGGCGCCAACUACCUGACUCAGGUCCUGUUGCGGCCAGGAGCAUCUGACUUGACUGGUAGUUUCAGGCUCUAUAAGAAAGCCGUGCUGGAGAAGUUGGUGGAGAGCUGCGUGUCCAAGGGCUAUGUCUUCCAGAUGGAGAUGAUCGUGCGGGCCAGACAGCUGGGCUUUACUAUAGGAGAGGUCCCCAUCACGUUUGUUGACAGGGUGUAUGGAGAGUCCAAACUGGGCGGGAACGAGGUCAUCUCUUUUGCUAAAGGUCUUCUGUACCUGUUUGCCACUACGUAAGGCUGUAGAGUAAUUUCACUUUUGGAUAUUACGUAAAAACAGCCUUCUUGUUUUUAGCAUUGUUGUAGACAUUUUAUCAUAGCUGAUGGAGGAUUCUGUAAUUGAAGUCACAUUGCUGUGCUUCACACAUUUGUGCCUUGGUCCAUUGAUUGACAAUGCCUUUAUACUAAGGACCAUCUGACCUUCAAGUCUUAAGUCAUGAACGAUUACAUGUACAAGUAAGACCAUUCUUGGUAUGCAUAAGGCAUGCACAUCUGAGACAAAAUUAAAGACUCAACCUGUGCAUAAAAGCUCCAUCUUGUGGAGAGUAUGAAGUUUGCAUAGUCAAGCUGAUUUUGUUUUACUUUGCCAAGGUCAUGAUUCUGUACAAUUUGUCUAGCACAUUCGUAUUGAUUAUUGUGCAAUGCUACAGAUGGUAAAGUUUGAAAUUCUGUAUGGUGCUAUCAAGAAAUGCAGGCAUAAUAAUGUCAAGAUGGGAUAAGUAGCAAAUUGUGGUCUUAAUUUUUAUGUACUUCGAACUAUAAGUGAACAUUCCUCCUUAUCUCCAAAAUGUAUGACUUUGUUGCUGCAAAGAUUCUAAGAUAUAUUUGUCCAAUGAUGAAAUGUGGCUAAUUACUCGAUUACCGUUAAGUACUUUUUGUUAAAUAAGUUCUAAGAUUUUUUAUCAUCACCUGUAAUACCUACGUUUCUCAGAUAUAAACAUUAACGUGUUACUGUAUUGGACUUAAUUCAACAAAUUGCUGCAGUACAAUUUGCAAAUUCUUUGUUAGCAACAAUGUAACAAAGCAUUUGUUUUUAUUUUCUUGAUCGUUAAGGCAGGUGAAUUUCAUUGAAUAAUGCAAAACCUACUUUGAA